UUUUAAAAAAUAUAGGACUGUAUAGUAAUUCUACUUGAUUCAAAUAGAGUGAUUUUCCUGGUUAAUUUGCCAUCCCUAGUUGGAAGUGUCUUUGUUUCUGCAACUCUGCAAACAGUAACCGAGCACUAGAAGAAGAAGAAGAAGAAGAAGAAGAAUGGGUCGUAAGCAUAACAGUGACAGCGACGAAGACGAAACUUUCUACUACCGCUACUCCUCAGCCUCGUCUUUAGCCCUACCACCUCCAUCUUCCUCUUCAAAUACAUCCAAAUCAAACCCUAAAUCCAACGGCUCAGGUGGUCUAGCGCCAUCAAAAUCCACACUUUACGUCUCGAACCUUGAUUAUUCUCUGACCAACUCUGAUCUCCAUACUCUCUUCUCCACCUUCGGAAAGAUCGCCCGCGUCACCGUCCUCAAAGACCGGGCCUCCCGCCAGUCUCGUGGCGUCGCUUUUAUUCAAUUCGUCUCUCGAAACGAUGCCCUCUCUGCUGCCCGCCAAAUGGACAAGAAAAUCCUCAACGGCCGUACCCUCUCCGCCUCCAUCGCCACUGAUAAUGGCCGCGCCACUGAGUUUAUUAAGAAAAGAAUUUAUAAGGAUAAAAGUCGGUGUUAUGAGUGUGGGGAGAGUGGGCAUUUGUCUUAUGAGUGUCCGAAGAAUCAGCUGGGGCCGAGGGAAAGGCCGGUGGCUAAGCGAGUUCGGAGAGGUGGGGAUCCAGGGAGGAGGGAGGAAGAGUUGGGGGAUGAGGAGGUGUUUGAGGAGGAGAAUUGGGCGUCGGUGGUGGAUGGAGGGGCGGAUGAGAGAUUGUUGAGUGGAGGAGAGAACAAAGAGGUGGAGAGGAAGAAAGUGAAGAAAUCAAGCUAUUUUAGUGAUGAAAGUGAUGAGGAGGAGUGAUCUGGAGAUGUAAAUCACCCAAGUGUGGUGGUAGGCAUCAUCUCGUCUUCUGGAGUGUAUGCUUUCUCCUGCAAAAUUUGAAGCAAUUUGUCCCUUUUUUCAGAUUAGUUGGAUGUGCAUUUGAGCUUCUACACCUUGUACCCUUGCAAACCAAAGCUUCGGUUGGUUAUUUACCUUGAGCAGAUCCCAAUGGCGGUUCUUUUGGCCCUUUUCCUCAUGGUACUACUUCGCUAUUGAUCACCCUAGGAGUAUUUAGCCUUGCAAGGUGGUUCUGGCUGAUUCACACAGAAUUUCAUGUGCCCAUGCUACUCGAGUCAAAGCGUAAGCUAGUGAUACUUUCGGCCAUCACAAUAAGCUACUAACAUAUCCAAUUUGAUCAACCGUGUGGCUAUAGUGGAUUUCUUUAUAAAGCAAGGCCGUUCAAACAUUGCAUAUUGUCAAUGAUACAAAGCUUAUGCAUAGCUAUAAAUCUACAGUGUACAUUAAACUAUAUUGUAAUUCAUUGAUAGAAAAAAUUCUAAUAAAUUAUUUCUCUCUCUC